ACCACAUGCUCCUGCCCUAUCACACACCACCAAUCAUUUAAUUACUGCAGCGUGGAUGUAGUGAUGAGACGUCUGCUUGAUCCUGUGUGUGUCUCUGUUGUCUCUCAUUCUGGACCAGAAUCUUCCUUGAAACAGACACAUCAUGGAGGACAGACGGAAAGACCAGGCUGUGGAGAUAGCCGAUGAUUGGCCGGGUUAUAAAUUAGAGCUGUUCACGUAUCCAGAGCAUUACCGUGAAGACGUGGAGAGCGUGUACAUCCCACACGGGGUCAUCAUGAACAGGAUCGAGUGUUUAGCCAGAGACAUCCUAGAGGACAUGGGUCAUGAGAACCUGAUGGUUCUGUGUGUUCUGAAAGGAGGUUAUAAGUUCUGCGCUGACCUGGUGGACUACAUCAAGGCACAAAGCAGGAGCUCGGUUCGUCCAAUCACCACGCGCAUGGAGUUCAUCCGCCUCAGGAGCUACCUGAACGAUCGCUCCACUGAAGACCUGCAAAUCAUCGGCCCUGAAGAUCUCUCCAUGCUGAAAGGAAAAAAUGUCCUGAUUGUGGAGGCGAUCGUGGACACGGGGAAGACAAUGAAGAUGCUCCUGCAGCAUGUGCAGAACUUCCAGCCCAAGAGGGUCAAAGUGGCCGGCUUGUUGGUAAAGCGGAUUCCCAGCAGUGCCACAAUACUUCCAGAUUAUGUCGGAUUCGUCAUUCCUAAUCGAUUCGUGGUUGGUUACGCUCUGGACUACAACGAAUACUUCCGAGACCUGAACCACAUCUGUUUGAUCAGUGAGACGGGGAAGCUCAAAUAUAAAUUAGCAUCACCAGACCCACUGUUUAUCCUGAGGACUGAAACAUAUUUGUAUAAAAUGAUGAACUAUACUGAGUAGUGUUCAUAAAAUAUGACGCAAACUGCACAUUAUUUAUUAUGCCAGUGCAUCAAAUUAAAACAAGGAACUUAACACAAUCCACAUGAUAAUUAAUUUAACAUUUGAACCUGAUGCAUACGAACAGAAUCCAGGAUUUUGUAUGUUGAUGUUUUUACAUGGGUAUCCUGUUUUAUAAUUUGUUUUGUCUCAGGUUUUGCUUUGAUGUUUUAUUAAUAGAAUAUUGCAUUCAUUUUAUAUAUAUUUAAUGUUUUAACUGGAAAAUGAAUGAUUGUACGGCAAUAAAACAUCACCAAACAUCCA